AUGGAUUUCCUGCAAACUCUAGCAUCUCUUCAAUCUUCAUCAAUCUUCUUUCUUCUUUCUCUCUUGGUUUUCUUCAUUUUCGUGUUGUGCCGCAGCAGGAAAGUCGCAUACCCUCCAGGCCCUAAAGGGUACCCAAUUAUUGGCAACAUGAACAUGAUGGACCAAUUGACUCAUCGUGGGCUAGCUCGGCUAGCCGAACAGUACGGUCAGGGCGGUCUACUCCACCUUAGGAUGGGCAAGCUUCACAUAGUGGCUGUAUCUACGCCAGAAAUGGCCCGAGAGGUCCUCCAGACCCAAGACAGCAUAUACUCAAAUCGGCCCGCAAACGAUGCCAUAAUCUACUUGACCUAUGAUAGAGCUGAUAUGGCCUUUGCCAAUUACGGCCCGUUUUGGCGUCAGAUGCGUAAGAUCUGUGUCAUGAAGGUCUUCAGUCGGAAACGAGCUGAGUCUUGGGCCUCCGUACGUGAAGAAGUGGGCUAAACCGUGAUGAAGAAACUGGGUUCCCCUGUUAACCUUGGCGAGUUGGUGUUUGCCUUGACGAGGAACAUAACUUACAGGGCAGCUUUUGGGUCGUUUUCACGAGACGGGCAAGAUGAGUUUGUCAAAAUCUUGCAAGAAUUCUCCAAGCUUUUUGGAGCUUUUAAUUUUGCAGAUUUCUUCCCAUGGUUGGGGUGGAUUCAUGGGAAAGAAUUUCGCAAGAGGUUAGUCAAGGCUCGGGCAUCACUGGAUGGGUUCAUUGACCACAUCAUCGAUGAACAUUUGGCAAAGAGAAAGAAAUAUGGCAAAGAUCAUGACAUAGAGGAAGACAUGGUAGAUGAAUUAAUGGCUUUUUACAGCGAAGAUGUUUCCAAAGGAGAUUAUGACGAGUCGUCCCAGCCUACGAUCAGGCUCACCAAGGAUAACAUCAAAGCUAUUAUCAUGGACGUAAUGUUUGGUGGAACUGAAACCGUGGCAUCUGCAAUAGAAUGGGCAAUGGCGGAGCUAAUGAAGAGCCCCGAAGACCUCAAGAAAGUCCAGCAAGAACUCGCCGAUGUAGUCGGGUUGAACCGAGUCGUCCAUGAAUCCGACCUUGAAAAAUUAACCUACCUCAAAUGUGCCAUCAAAGAAACCUUACGCCUCCACCCACCAAUCCCUCUCCUCCUCCACGAGACGGCUGUGGACUCCGUCCUUGCCGGGUUUCGAGUACCUGCCAAAUCGCGUAUAAUGAUCAGUGCUUGGGCUAUCGGGCGUGACCCGUCUUCAUGGAAAGACCCGGAUGCGUUCAAACCAAGUAGAUUUCUGAAUGACGCUGCACCUGAUUUUAAGGGUAGUAGCUUUGAGUUCAUUCCGUUUGGGUCGGGUCGGAGGUCUUGCCCGGGAAUGCAACUGGGGUUAUAUGGAUUGGAGUUAAGUGUGGCUCAUUUGCUUCAUUGCUUUAAUUGGGAGUUGCCUGAUGGAAUGAAGCCUAGCGAGCUUGACAUGAACGAUUUGUUUGGACUCACUGCUCCUCGAGCGAGCCGACUCGUCGCUGUGCCGAGUUACAGGUUGAGUUGUCCAUUCCCUGGACUGGAAAAUUAAUGGGGUUGAAGAAGUGGUAGUGGACAAAACAUGCAAAACAGAAGCAAGAAGUUUAAUUGAAGCUAUGGACUUAUGGGGUAUGGAUGAAAA